GUAAUCAGCUAAUUUAAGCCCGGGGCUAAAUUUGUAAUUUGGGAACGGCUGCUUUCCUCGGUUGUGUGUCUUCCUUUCAGCGGAAAAACCCGUGAUACGCCGUAGGGUUUUUGCACGCAAAAUACUCAGCUUUGGAUAGAUAAAAUCGGGGUCAUUUAGAGAUUUUGAGGUGGGUUAAAAGAAAUUAUGGAACACGGGUCCUUCACUGAUAAUAGUGCUGCAACGUUUUCCUUAACGGAAGAGGAUCAUACUUUAGCUAAUGCUGUUAGAUUCACUUUGAAUCAAGACCCAAGGGUAACAUUCUGUGGGUACAGUAUUCCUCAUCCUUCGAAUGCUCGAGUUAAUAUUAGAGUUCAGACAACUGGUGAUCCGGCCAGAGAGGUACUGAAAGAUGCAUGUCAGGAUCUGAUGCUGAUGUGCAGGCAUGUAAGGAGCAGUUUUGACAAGGCUGUUGAAGAUUUUAAGGCAAGCAAUGCUGUGAAGGCCAUGAAGAUUGAUUCCCAAGAUAGUGAUUUAGAAGAGAGCGAAUGAGAUUAAUAGAUCUCCAUUAUUGUCUUUGACAUUUUUGUUCAAACUAUUAUGUGCUCAACAUGUCCGCAUCUUCAUAGGAAGUAGAGCUUUUGCUAUCAUAUUGAAGCUGUCCUUUCAUUGUCUUGCUUAAGGAUCAACUAGCUCUAUCAGAUUUGCAAACUAGAGUUGCCUGUCCAUCAUCAGAUGAAGUAUGCAAUUGUAACAGCAGGUUUUGCCUUUC